AUGCUCUCAGCUCAGGGAUAUCGCCUAGGCCAUCUCCAUAGAGAUCCGAUUCGCGGCUGGCGCGGUCGCUGGUCUGAAGAUAAAUUUAGCACUCUAGAACACCCGAACCCUACAGUCUUCACGAGCGACUCUGCCGCCGCCCAAUCAGCGCCAGAUUUGCGUCCCGCCACCAAUCCGCGCUUAGUAGCGGGGCGGGACCAAAGGAAAGGACCAAGCUCGGUUGAGGCGCGGCCCAGCCGCAGCCGCAGUCACAGCCGCAGCAGCAGCUGCCGUGCUACCUUGGUGAUAACGGAGCGGCCGGGUAGGAAGCAAUUGUUCUCAAACUUCACUAGCUCCGUCGGCGCGGACGCUUGUCGAGAAUGCAGAUUCCUGGUUACUGCCAGAUACGAAUUGAGCAUACCACAAAAAAGUUCUCAUUUUGUGUCCUCCCAUCCCAUUCUCCUCACUAACCAAAGGCUAGGAAUUAUCUGUGAAUGUAGGACCACUGGAUUUGCAGUCUUCCUCUGACACUGUGGAGAGUUUCUAGGAAUGAAACACAUAUAUGGCCUUGGGUCUGCUUUUUUUUUCUUUUUUUUUUAAUAGAGAUGAGCAUCUCACUAUGUUGCCCAGGGUAGUCUUGAACUCCUAGCCUCAAGCAAUCCCCACCCGACCCUGCCUCUCAAAGUGAUGGGAUUACAGGCAUAAACCACCAUGCCUGGCCAGAAGGUGCUUUAACAACAAAUCUGAAAAUUGUUCAGAAGAGAAACGUUGAGCAUGAACACCAUCUGUGCGAGUCAUUUACCUAUUGUCCUCACCUCUAAAUCUACCUUCUGUACUCUUCCCUGUAAUGAUGGGGCUAGGUGUCCUCAAACUGUUUCUCAGACUUCUUUGUAAGCUUGCUUCCUGUUCAGUUCUGCCAAUAGGGGUCACUAGAGAGAGACUGGGAGGCAGAAGGAGAGGAGAACAUGCUUCCUGUUUUUUCUGUUCUUGUUAAUGUUGCUUACAGGACCAGCAAUGCUUCUUCACCUAGAGGCACUUCCCCCAGCAGUGGCAGUUGGUUCUAGCCUACAGCUUCUUUCAGCACUACUGGAAUCAGCCUCAGUGAUUCCCCCUGUACCCGCUCAGAGAUUACCAACAGCAGCCAGAUGGUUCUACCUUCCACAAAGAUUGUGGUUGCAAUUCUGGGCUUCUAAGUUCUGGUUACUUCAUAUUUUUCCUUUUGUUCCUCCAGCCCUAGAGGUGGUAGCUGCUUCCUGAAGUUAUUAUUUCUAGAUGACUUUUGCUUUUUCAGCCUUUGUAUUUUGCUUUGCAGCCCUCUAAUGCCUGUAUAACCAAUUUCCCUGUAAUAAAUAAAUUUCCUCCAUUGAAA